AUGCUGGCCAUAGUUCUACUCGCAUUCUCUCCAUUGCUAUGCGCGGCACAGUGGAGCAGUGUCUACGAGAAUUUGGCCUUGGACGAUCUUGGAGCGCCCGGUUACACAUGUGACGGGGAACUGAUGAAGCCAAGUAAGAAGAUCCCCACCAAUGUGAAUUCAGUUCGACCAGCCGACAUCAAGGUGGUCAUGGCACUCGGAGACUCGCUUACUGCAGCUAAUGGAGCCGGAGCUGAGGACCCUCUGGGUGUGGUGCUGCAAUACAGAGGACUGGCCUUCCAAGCCGGUGGAGACAAAUCUCUUGACGAGCAUGCAACGAUUCCUAAUAUUCUCCGCAAAUACAAUCCCAAUCUUUUUGGAUACUCGAACGGAAUCGGAUCACCGAAUGUCUGGGAAGUUGCUAAGCUGAACGUAGCCAUGCCCGGUGCAGAAGCAAAGGACCUACCAGGUCAGGCUCAACAACUCGUCGGUCUGCUUCAAACCCAUCCAGAGGUAACUUUUUGGCCUCGCUUUGAGACUCACGUGCACAGUGUGCACAGAAGUGGGAACACAUCAUAA